CCACGAUGCUCUCCUCCGUGUCCCGAGCUUCUAGCCGCCAGGCUGUCGCCGCAGUCUCCCGACUUGCUGGCCGCAAUGCCGUUCAGAUGAGGACCUUCCUCAACCCUACCGUCUCGCGAAGAGCCGACUUUGUUCAAGAACUCUACCUGAAGGAACUCAAGGCCUACAAGCCAACACCCGUCAAGGACUCGGAUGCCAAGGGCCAGGUGCUCGACUUCUCCCAGCCCAAAGCCCCCAAGUCUCCCGAGGAGACCGACCUCGCCUCCUCCCUCAAGGAGUACGAGAGCAUGGCCGUCGAGGUCGAGGGUCAGGAGACCGCCACCGGCAAGCCCGUCGCCGCCGUGGAGGACUGGCUUGUCGAGGAGGACGAGGACGAGGAGCACGCCCACGGCCACUAAGCCGAUAUAAUGGGAUUGUAGAGGAACAAAGAGAUGCAACUUUAUUGCAAGCGCCGGAGGGAGAUGAGAGUGACGAGAUCAACGAGGUCUCACAUAGCUACGAGGGGACGCAGUAGCCGCAGACUCGUUAUCGACAAGAGAAGAGGGCGGAAGAGGGUGAUGUCUCUAGUGGAGGUGGAGGAAAGGAGAGAGACUGAUCACACAAAAGGGGAGACUCCGGAGGAGUGAACCGUGUAUAUUUUCAUAUCAUGCUCUCUUUUAUGCAGCGAAAGAUGGCAAUCGUACCUCGCCAAGUGUGGCACCCACUC